GUUGGGCAGCAGGAUAGUCACAAAGUCUGUGCUGUUGCAAUCGCCCGCUUGCGUCCCGUGAACGUUAGCGGGCUGUGGUGCGAAGCCACUGGCGUGCGAAGCUGCCUCUCCCCCUCCCGGCUCAUCGUACCAGUUUUAGCCCGCUUGCCUCGCAAUGGCGCGGGCUGGUCGUGCCGCAAGCCUGAGCCCAGAGGAGGCCCGCAUGCUCACCGAGGCAGGCUGGCCGCCGCGGCUGGUGCUGGACCCUCUGAAGCAGCCGGUGGUAUUCGAGUCGCGGGAUGGCUUCACAGAGGAGCUCUUGCUUGGCGACCACGCAGAGGAGGUGGUGGUCUUCCCCGGCGGCAUCGACGCGCUCGGCUUGGAGGAGCAGCGGUGCUUCCCGGCGGCUCUGCGUGAGCCGUGGCGGAGGUCAUCGUCGGUCGAGGAGUUCCUCGCGCUCCUCGGUCAAGACGCGCUGGGCCUGCUGCAGGCCAACCUGGAGCUUGUGGACCCAGCGACCUGCCUUCAGCGGGACGCCCUCGAGGUGGCGGAGGACGCGGGGCCCUCCGCACCACGGGGCACCUCGCCGCUCGCCGAGGUGGUGGCGCGAGCCCGACGCCGAGCUCGCGGGCCCCCAGCCCGGCGUGCGGGCCCUCCACGUGCUGGGCCGCGCUGGCCUCGCGCGCAAGGCGGCAGCCGCGGGCGCGCUGGCGCGGGCCGGAGGCGCGGAGCCGCCGGCCCUGUACGUGUGCGAGCUGCGCUGGAGGGACCCGCAGCCGCGCCCUGACACGGGCGAGCCGUCCACUAGCUGCUGCCUGAGGCACUGCCGGGACGCGCUCGGGGGCCUGGAGGCGUGGUUCCCGCGCUGGAGCUGCGACGACGACGGCCUUUUCGUUGGCGGGCGCGGGGCGGGCAAGGGCCUCCACGUGGACCAGCGUCCCGAGAGCAAUGUGGGAAAGAACUGGCGCGGGUACAAGCUCUUCGCAGUCUGGCCCGAUGGUGCAGUCGGCGAUGCUGUGCUGCGCGAGUUCUACGGCGAGGUGUUUCAGUACCCCCUCUCUGGCCGCCACCUGCGCGCGCUGGAGAAGGCGGCGCGCGUGGUGCUCCUGCGCCCGGGGGACGUUUUCUUCUUCCACGGCGGGCUGCCGCACACGACGCUGUGCGUCUCGCAGGGCCUGGGCGUCACAGGGUACGAGGGCUUCCUCAGCCUCAACGCGCGGCACACGGCACUCUUCCUGCGCUCCUGCGCCGAGUUCUCCGGCGACUGGAGCCGCGUGGCCAGCGCGUGGAGGGCCGAGGUGGGCGGCGCCCUCGCUGCCAUCGUGGCCGACCCUCCCAGUGCUGGGUGCGCGGGCCUGCGCUGCAGGAUCCUCGGCGCCCUGGAGGCCUCCUCGGCGGCGCUGCGUGACGACGGCCUCGGAGGCAGCCCCCCCCUCGCGGCGCGGGCGGGGGCGCCGCGCGCUCGCGGCGGCCGCGCGGUCGCUCGGGGCCUGCGGCAGGCGCCCGGCGAGGACCGCUGA